AGAUCCAUCAGACGGAACCGACAGUACGUGUGUAAGGCCAAGUGUGAGGGCAGUUGUGUUGUGGACAAGACUCAUAGGAACCAGUGUCGAGCCUGCCGCCUCCGCAAGUGUAUACAAGCCGGCAUGAACAAGGAUGCCGUGCAGCACGAGAGAGGACCCCGAAACUCCACUCUGCGGAGACAGAUGGCUCUGUUCUUCAAGGACUCGGAGCCGGGAUCUGGACCGCCUCCAGCAUUGCCUCCGGUCCUGGACCUAGCGCUACCGAAGGUCUCCUCCUCCACCGCCUCCCCACCAAGACCUGCACCACCAGCACAUCUAGUAUCGUCUCCUCUACACCCACCUUUCUUCUUCACCACGCCCCUGCCUAAGGAGCCGUGCUCGCUGCCACCGCCACUUAUCUUCAACAGCCCAGAGUCUGUCAGUGAAUACGCCGCUAGGAUCCUCUUCAUGACGGUUACCUGGAUCAAGAGUGUACCCGCCUUCACUUAUCUCGCCCUUAAAGACCAGCUACUGCUGUUGGAGGAGAGUUGGCGAGAAUUGUUCGUUCUGGGCGCCGGGGAGUACUUCCCCCCUCUGGAUCUGACCAGCCUCCUCGGGGACUCCAUGGAGACCGAGGACUUGGUACACGAGGUCAAAGUGUUCCAGGAGACAGUCGUCAAGCUGAGACACCUCCAGCUGGAUGCUACAGAAUACAACCUUCUCCGCGCCAUCGUCUUGUUCAAGACCGCUGUUCAGGGUGGUACCUUGUGUGAUGUCACCUCUGUUGCGUCCUUCCAGGACCAGACGCAGUUGACGCUGAACCACUACGUCAGCUCGCGUUACCCUUCACAGCCCUACCGCUUCGGCAAGUUGCUCCUGCUGCUACCCUCGCUCAAGGCCGUCUCCACGUCCACCAUCGAGGAACUCUUCUUCCGGCGCACCAUCGGCGACAUCCCCAUCGUCCGUCUGCUCUGUGAUAUGUACAAGACCACUUUCGAGCGGUCCUAUCCUUUCAUACCCCUCCACCUCUCACCCUCUCAAUGAUUCUCGGUUGAAAAACUCUUUAUACGCCAUAGAUGACAACUCACAGCUAUUAUUUGAUUCUUAAACGUCCUUUUCAUGUGGUUUUAAAAGGAACCCUGAACUCGUGUAAAAUGAAAACUAUUUAUGUUAGGUGAUCUCUCUGUAACAAUUGUCUGUUCUAAGUGCUAUUUAUUGAAUUUCGUCAAACGUUUGUUAUUUUUCAAAGUUAUGAAUGUAAAACAAUUCAAGAGAAGCGUUUUGUGAUCUCAUUACUGUUCCUGAUGGGCAUUAAGAUUGUAGGCAACUAGUAUAAUAAUAUAUUUGAUAUAUCACAUCUGUUGUUAAUGGUCCGUAAUUUUCUAAGAACAAUAAUAUUGUAUACUCUCUAAGUUGUUAAAUGUGUCUAAAAAUGUGUAACAUGUGUGCCUUCUCAUUAUAUUCUACAUAAUGCAAGAAGGAUUCAGCAUUAAUGUCAGGUGCUACAUUUGUAUUUCUGUAACUGCCUUUGUAGUUAGAUGUUGUUAAUACCAAAGGGAUGCAUAGCUAACUAGUCUGUGGGGCACUUCCGUUUUUUUAUUAUAUUCUUCUUCUU